AUUGCAUUCAGGCUGACUGCGCAGUUGUUGUGGUGUUCAGUGUGUUGCUCAUGGUCUCUUCGUCUGCAAAGUGUGCAUGUUCGCACAUAAGCAAUGUUGAUUGGUCACCUUUUGUGCGGGGUUAGUAGAGAGCUCCCUGAGGUGGGAUCGAUUCCAUCGCAGUCCUGCACCAUUUGCUGUUGUCACCUCGUACGAACAUGGUUCUUUGCAUACCUUGGUCACCUCUGCUGGGGUCCAAGUCUGUUCUUGCUGGUGUAGGACUUUCUUCAUCUACUGGCUGAUGUAUUGUGGCGGCAACUCUGCAGCUGCAUGCACGUCAUGCGCAGUUUUCAACUUAUCCUGCGACUGAUGCAGACGAUGAUGAAGAUCUUUCUUUCUCUGGUGAUUUGUAUUCUGACUGCAGUCUCUUCACUCACCUUUGACCCUGCAUUGGAUGAAGAUUGGGUGAAAUGGAUAUCACUUCAUGAAAAACAGUAUGGGAAGAAUGAAGAAAAUUGGAGGAGAAUAAUAUGGGAAAAGAACCUCAAAAAAAUUAUACGUCAUAACCUGGAGCAUUCAAUGGGCAAACACACAUUUCGCGUGGAGAUGAAUCACUUUGGUGAUAUGACUAGUGAGGAGUUCAACCAACUCAUGAAUGGAUUUGUUCAAACAAACCCACAGAACUCUACUCUCAAUGAACCAACACCCCAUCAGUAUGAGUUUAUGGAUGUUCCUCAGAAUCUCGAUUGGCGUGAACAUGGAUAUGUCACAGAAGUGAAGGAUCAGGGUUGCUGUGGCUCAUGCUGGGCAUUUAGUGCAACUGGGUCACUAGAGGGGCAGGUCUUCAGGAAGACAUCUAAACUCGUCUCACUGAGCGAACAGAAUCUCAUCGACUGUUCCAGAGACCAUGGCAACAAAGGAUGUCAUGGUGGACGAAUGAGAGAAGCCUUCAAGUAUGUACAGCAGAAUGGUGGAAUAGACAAUGAGAUUUCCUAUCCUUACACUGGAAUGGAUGGGCAACCUUGUAGGUACAAUCCCCAGUACGCUGCUGCCAACUGCACUGGAUGGAAAAGCAUUCCUCAAGGCAGUGAGCCAGCAUUAAUGAUGGUAGUGGCCUCAGUUGGGCCCAUAUCAGUUGCAGUUGAUGCAAAACAUGCAUCCUUCCAAUUUUAUCACUCAGGGAUUUAUCAUAAUUAUAAAUGCAGCAGGACCAAGGUGAAUCAUGCAGUACUGGUGGUGGGAUACAGAACUUAUGAAGGAGAAGCUGCGCAGAAUUACUGGAUUAUUAAAAACAGCUGGGGAAAGAAAUGGGGCAUCAAUGGCUACAUGCUUCUUGCCAAGGACAUGAAUAAUCAAUGUGGCAUUGCCACUAAUGCAGUUUAUCCUCUGGUGUAAAGGGGAUUUCACUGACCAUCUUAUCCAAUUUAUGGAUGAGGUUUAAUACAAUUGUGACCAGGCCAGGAAGUUGCCACAAGAUGUAAAUCAUCACCAAGAAACUUGUUGCAUUGCACUGCAAAUUUUUUAAAUGAAAUGCUUGAGUUGAUUAUUGCUUUGAGAUUGAUAUUAAAAGAGCAUUGCCAAGA